ACAUUUUCCCUGCUAAACAUAUUUGCCAUGAUUUCAUACUAAUGGCAACUUGUGCAUUUUCUGUAUACCACGUUGUGUAGCUAAUACAAUGUGGAUGGGAAAUGUCUAGUCCCACAAAUGUGGAAGUACUAUGAUUGCUACUGUUGAUGCUGACACUGCUCUAAGUCACAGUUUGGAAGAUGGCAGAAUAUUCAAACUGUUUUUCCCUGUAUGUCACAGUCAGCUUUUGAUAACUGCCAUAUUGUGGAAAUACAGACAAUUGGUUCUCACAGGAGGAGGUUCCUUCCAGAUUUUAUUUUCCAAAUGUGAAGUGAAUCUAUUCUCAUUGCAUAUUUAUAGUUCACAGAAUGAACAGACUUGAGUUUUUAUAACCUUGAGUCACAUGUUCCCCCAGUGUGUAUCGGCUUCUUUGUUGACUUAGACACCUUUCUACUUCUCAGGGUACUAUCUACCACCAUUCAAAAUAGUAUGUUAAGGUGGUGGACUGCUGUUUUCUGAUCUCUCAAGAAUUCAUUCAAGCCAAGUUCCCUUCCAUCAGUCUUAGCCAAUAUAGGAGAUUGGAGAAACGCUGGGUUUUGUCCAGCAAUAUAUAAAGUCUGUGUUUUGCUCACUCCAGAAGUAAAGCAACAUUGCACCCACCAUAUCAGAAAGACAAAAAGUUGGGAGCUGUAGGGCUAUUAAGCCAUCAAAAAAUGAGCCAGGAACAUUUAACUUGUACAGAGUGGGACCAAUUUCUCGGUAAUACAUUUUAGGGUUUUAAUACAUGUGGAAUGCCCAUAGAUACAGAGCUCAAAUGCUUAGUCCUGAAAGAGGAAAUCAUGCCUAAUAAUUCAACUCAGUUUUGCCACAGGCUUUGGAAGGUGUUUUUGAUUCUUACUAGGUAAGAGGAAGGUAGACAAACUGGUUUCUUGACUCUGACAUUGUCUGGGCAGUAGGAACCUUGUAAUUUCCCUGUGCUUUGUCAAAGGUGUGCCCUUGUUUGGACUUGCCCGGGCCUAUUUCAGUGCUAAGGGUGGGUUUCCUUUUGAAUUUGAUAAUCUAUUGGUGUUAAUUGUGAGGCCUCAUCCCUGGGAUGUCUAAGAAUGUGUAAGAUUGAACAUUAAAAGUGGAUCCUUUCCACCUGGCCAACAGUAUUUGUAUUUAACAAAGAGCUGCAUUGAAGAGACUGACCCAGCCUGGUAGGGGAGGAAUGGGAUAUUUUGUAAGAUGGGUGGCCAGAGCGUAUUUGUACUUGAGUUGCCACAGUGGUAAUGUUACAGAGCUUCAGAUUACUUUUAAGGAUCAACACUCCCUGAAGUCAUGAGCCAGUAAGAUCUGUGAUGGUGCUGAUGGGGGGAAUUCUGUGAGUUGCCCAAAAAUGAGUAAUAUUUCCAAUUUGUGGAUUCUGUUGACAAACUAGUAGAAGUAAGAAAAGCCAUAAUGAAUGGUGUUUGCAAUAUAAACCACAUGCAGAUCUUCAGCCUCAUGUUUUCUAUUCUUGAUCUAAAAAACUGGAACGAAAAAGGCACCUCAUCUUACCUUUCUUUCCCUUUCUCAGGAUAGAACUGCUAAACAAAAGCUGGGGCUCAUAAUGUUUCCCACCAUAUUCAUAAUUCUCACAUAAAUUCCUCCUAUCAGAAACUCAACACUUCCUCCUCCCAGGCUUUGUGCAUACCUGCUUAUCAUCAUCUCUGAAUUCAUAAACAUUUAAGUCGCAGUGCCAGAAUGUAGAUUGUGGGAAUGAGAGUAUGAUCUCAUGCUGAAAAGUGGAGCAACCCACAUUCCUGAGUCAGUAGCGGCAUGUGUAAUUUCAUUUGGUGUCAAGAGUUGGACCCAACCCCAAAAGGCAUGGCUCGAUCUGAACUUGGGAUCUGAUAGGAGCAUGAGCAUACAUAAAUCAGCCUCAAGAGAGAAAUAAAAACGGAAAGGGAUUUUGAAGGACCGUGAAAAGCCAGAGAAGGUAAGCUUUCCACAUCCAUGUAGGCCUUAGGACCAAACUAUCGCCUCUUUCUAUUCAACCCACAAAAAGGAGUGUAGCUUAACAAGUGCCAAGAAUUAAACAUCUAACCAGACACGUACGAUAGUGCUUGUUGCUUCAGAUUAAUUCCUGUUGAGUAGUUACCUUGUUUAAUUUGGAAACGCUUUUUAAUCAUUCUUUGUUUCUUAAUUCUAAUGAUCUGGGGUUGUCAAAACUGACUAAAACACAAUUUUCUUAGAACCACACCAAAUCGCACUAAGGAAGGACUUGAGUCUGCGUGUCCUGCCUGAAUUUGAAUUUCAAAAAAUGUCUGUGGACAGGAAUCUUCCAUCCACAAUAAUGAUCAUAAAUUGAGAAAAAAACAAGAAGGGAGGGCUUUUCACUGCUGUACAACGGUGUGCACCUAUUGUCAUGGGAGAAGAAAUGGAACCUAGAAGUGGGAGCCUUCCCCAAGAUGCGGCGGAGACCUGUGUGAUGAUCACCACUGGCACCUCAGACAUGGACCCUCCUACCAAAUGUCCACUUUUGCAUAUGCAUCGGCUCCGGAACCUGGCGAUAGCUAGCAUUGUCUGUGGCUGUUCUUGCCUUGGGGUCCUAGCACUGAUCUAUGCAGUCAAGGCUAACGAGAAACAAAAAUCUGGCUCCCAUGAACUGGCAGCUCAUUGGGCCCAGAAAUCCCGGCGCAUGUCUGUCUGCAGUAUUGCCGUCUGGCUGGGUCUUCUCAUUCUGGUGCCUGCGUCAAUGGUUUUACUUUCUUACCUCCUGUCACAUGCGGAAUGAUGAUCAUCCCAUGGAAAAUGUGACUUUGGGCUUACAGGAUCGCCGCUUCUGAAUUUUUCCACUCUUUUUAACCUGAGUGAGAAUGGACAAGUUCACAGCUUGCCCUUUGCCGUGGAACAUUCACAUGUGAGCUGACUUUAUGGAGGUCAGAGAAGAAGAAAUGGUGAAAAUGGGGUUACAUUACCCUUAGGAGACAUUGUGCCACUCAUCACAAUUCAGACCUUUCUCUUGACUGUAGAUCAGUAAUUUUGAGGGAAUGGGAUAAAGAAGAAGAAAGGUAAUGGGUUUGUAAUUUCCCUGCUUUUUGUGUUUUUGUUUUUAUUUUAAAUCAGAUAGUGCUUGUUUGUCCUGUAUUCUUAUUUCAUGAGCCUAUGAGAAGAUGUGCUUUCAACUGAGUAGAUAAAGUACUGCAUUUUGGAAGAUCUGGAUUUAAAU